UUAGUAACAGGUAAAAAUGAACAAGGAGACGGAGAAGCCAAAAAAGUUCAAAGCCAUCAAAUACGGCGACGUUUUCGACGUCUCCGGCGAGCUAGCCGCGAAAGCCAUAACACCACAAGACGCCGCUGCCAUGGAGUCAGCGGAGAAGAGCGUGUUUGGGGAGACGCAGAAGAGCGGGAUGGCAAGCGUGAUGAAAUCGGUGGCGGAGCUCAACGAGGAGCGCGGCGUAGUUGGGCACGACGACACCACCGAAGCCAUUAGGGAAGGCGGAACUCAAAUUACAGAGACCACCGUCGUUGGCCAUCGUGUUAUUUCCGAAUCUAUCGGCGGACAACUUUUGGGGCGAUUUGCUAUGGAUGAAUGAUGAUCAAGAAUUCGUUUUACUAUAUUCUUGCUUUAGUCGAAUUACUAUAUCAUAUGUAAACUUGGUUCUAUUUCUUUUACAAGGAAAAAUAACUCGUUAUAAAUUUUGAA